AUGUCAAGUCAAAACCAGCUGGGCGAGUUGUCCUAUCCGCACUUUGCUAUUAUCUAUAUCGACCGAGAGGGCAAUCUGCGCCAUGAAGCCUCGCGCUCUAUCGCUAAUAACCGUGAAACUAUUUUAUCUCCACGAGUCACCAAUGAGUUUCUCAGAGCCGUGGCGAGGUCAAGAGAUUCUGGCCCGUCACAUUCUCCGUUUGAACCAGGCGCACCAAUUGCGCCUCACCUAAUAUCACCAAGCGAGCAGACUUCUCUCGAGUCUCAAAUAGGCCAUGUGCCUCAUGGCGCAGAAACCCGUGGAGUUGAAGGACACGGUAGAGUGCUGAUGCCUCCGGGGCCUCAAAUCCAACCGACGGUGUGGCCUGGUCAACAGGAAUCUUGGUCCACACAAGCUCAACAGCGCAGAAAAAAGCCCUGGAACGAAGAAUUGAGCCUCAGCAAUCAGAAAGCUACGAUUUCAAUCAGGGAUAAAGACUUCUUGCGCGGUUACUAUGAGAAGGUAUUCCAAAACUUACAACAGACGAACUGCCGAGUCAUCGCCAAAGCCUACGUCAAGCUCGUGGAGCCUCGCAAACAGGUCAACUAUCCCUACAACGGACGGAAAAUAGUUGCUGGCAGAACCCAGCAACUCGAGCCAGAUGCGACCAAGCCGCCGUGGUGGCCGUCCGGAGUGAGCCACCGGGAGCCAGACCAUCUUCCCAAGGCUGAGCGCAUUAGACUCCUAGUUCACGUUCUUUGCGAGUUGCGCGCGAGCAACGGAGUCACCGCCCGAAGACUCAAGGAAGCAGAGCAGCCUAUUCGCCGUCAAAUCUCCCCACCCGAGCGAUUGCAGCUUUUAGAUGAGCUAUACGAUGUUAGAGAAGCGGAAGAAAAGUUCCAAGACGGAGCGACCGACAUGAAAACUACAGUGUCAAUCUUACGAGCCAACCUCCCUGACGCGGUGGAACUCACUGUCAGCCAAGGCGAGCGCAGCAGAAGAACCACACCGACAGAUGAGGAUACUAGUCGACAACCGAGCCAAGAGACCCCAAGUGUACGCAGCGGUCAUUUACGAAGAAGCAACAUCCCACAACCUCUACUAUCAUCCGGUAAUGAAAUGCCGACGAACCUCUCACCGAACCCUCACACCGCCGUUCCAAGUCCCUCGCAAUAUAUUCAACAAGAACUUCCCAUACACCCUAGCUUCGAGCCCACGGCGUCGCCAUCCUCACAAGACCUGAAAAGAAAGCGUCCAUUUGUCGAGGCAGGUCCAUCUUCAAGCACCAGUCCGGCUUCGAUUCCAUACUACUCUCCUGUUUUUGUGGGCUCCCAACCCUUCGUACCGGAGGCAUUCGAAAACAUUCAAGGUCUACAACAGCCAGGAGUCCCCAACACUGGGCAACCAGGGACAGAACAAUUCGCAGAGAACAUGGAGAUCUAUGGGUUCCCUUAUUAUUUUGAUAAUUGA